AAAGUAGUGUGCAAAAGUUGUGCAAAAGUGAGCGUGAAACAACACAGGUAGGGUACGGAACUACCACUGUUGAGUGCUGAGUGCAUUGCCUUGGUGUGAUACAAUCAGAAGAGAAGAGAAAAGAGAGAAAGUGCGAGUCAUCUGAACUGCGAUCUCUUUAUGUUAUGAUGUCUCAACCCAACCAUAAGCUGAAUCUAAAUGAUGAUAACAGAGAGAUAUAAAAUGAUCAAGCAGCAUGAAGAUAACAUUAAGUUCCUUAAUUCUCAAUCAAAUCACUUGGCUGAAUCAAUACUUGACUUGCAAGUGAGUCUUGGAAGGUACCAUUCAACUAAUGUUAUUACAUCCGAGAAUGGAAAUGGCACCUUCCAUUCUGAAGAGGAAACAGUGGAACAGAUAUUGAAGAAAGAGAAAUCUGCUGCUAGCAUAUUCUGCUGGCUGAAAGCUAAUGCCCAGACAUUAAUUUCAAAGGAUGUUGUGGGAGUUGUGGCAACCCUUGCCAGAGUUGAGAGUUAUGAUCUUAGCAGGAUCCUUUCUGAGUAUUUGGGCUUGGAGGCAAUGCUUGCAAUUGUCUGCAGUACUUAUGAAGGUGUUAAUGCUCUGGAGAAGUAUGAUCCAGAAGGCAUGAUAAACUGCGAUGGUGGUUUGCAUGGAAUUGGAUCGUCAAUUGGAAGGGGAAUAAAUGGCCGAUUCGUGGUCAUAUGUCUUGAAGAUUUAAGACCAUUUGUUGGAGGUUUUGUAGCCAAUGAUCCACAAAAGAAGCUCGUUCUUCCAAAGCCAAGAUUACCUAAUGGGGAUUCCCCACCUGGGUUUCUUGAUUAUGCAGUGAACAUGAUCCAUUUGGAUUCAAAAUAUUUAUGUUUUCUUACUGCCGGUGGGCAUGGUCUAAGAGAGACACUGUUUUAUGGCCUUUUUGCUCGCCUACAAAUAUAUAAAACCAGGAAUGAAAUGCUGCUUGCUCUCCCCUGCAUUAGUGAUGGGGCCUUGUCAUUAGAUGGUGGGAUGAUUAGGAAAUGUGGUAUGUUUGCUCUUGGUAGUAGGAAAGAUGUAGAAGUGAAGUUUCCACUAAUUUCUGGAGAAUCUGAUUUACCUCCAAACUAUAUUGAAGCUGAAGAUAUGGUGAGGAAGCUGAAAUGGGAAAGCUCUAAGCUUGAUGCAGAUAUCCAUAGAGAGCAAAAAUUAUUGGAUUAUAGGAAGGGAAAGUUCAGGAGGCAAGCCUGAAAAGUUAUGUACAGACUACUGGUUUGCAAAAAAUGGUAGCAACUAACCACAUCCAAUAGUGUGCAUUAGGCAUUAGCUUUUUAUUUUGCAGGCAUAUCUCAUUAGGGAUAUGUCCAAAAGAAAGCAGAAAGGUGUGCAUAAAAUAGAAAUGACAUGCUUGCCUACUGUCUGCAUCUGUUGAUAUAUCUAUUAUCUAAUAUCUGCUUCUGAAUUUCAAUCAAGAGAAAACUUUACUUUUGAAAAUGAACAUUUGAAUGUUGUAACAUCUGACAUCUAAGCACUUUCUCGGUUCUUAUUUAUGAUAUUCACUCCUAUCCUC